GAAGAUAAAAUUAAAGAGAAAAAUUCAUUAAUGCAGAGUUGAAUUCUUGUUGUUUGCUUCUUUCUUCCUCUUAUCCCCGCGGGGGAUCAUUGCUCACUGAUGCAAAAUCCCUCUCUUCAUAGUAUCCCUGCCAUUCCUUCUUUUCUGCAAAUCUAAAUCCUUAAGCAAUUUGAGACCCAGGAUCAAGAUUGAUUGAAAGUUGGUUUAAAUCAGAGGUGGGUUUUAAAGGAAACGAGAGAGGGGUGAGGGUCGUCGGGUACUAGGGUGUUGAAAUGGCGGGGGGAUCAACGGUGUCGUUGACCCAGAACCCGGUUCCGACGUCGUCUAUGUCAUCCUCAGCCCUCACUAAUUGUCCUCUCAUGUCUUCUCUCAUUGCCUUCAUUCUUGCUCAAUCCAUCAAGGUCUUUACCGUCUGGUACAAGGAAAGACGAUGGGAUCUGAAGCAACUUAUUGGAUCUGGUGGUAUGCCGUCGUCCCAUUCAUCAACUGUAACUGCACUAGCAGUAGCUGUUGGUCUGCAGGAGGGAUUUGGAGGACCACUUUUUGCGACAGCCUUUAUUUUAGCGUGUGUGGUCAUGUAUGAUGCAACUGGAGUAAGAUUACAUGCUGGACGUCAAGCGGAGGUUCUGAAUCAAAUUGUAUGUGAACUACCUGCUGAGCAUCCUCUUUCUGAAAGCAGGCCAUUGCGUGAACUUCUAGGUCACACGCCCCCUCAGGUAGUUGCGGGUGGUUUGCUGGGUAUCAUGACAGCCACAACUAUUCGCUUGAUCAUAGGGUUUGGAACUUGGGCUUGAUAACCCAGGCAGGUUCAAUAUAUCUUUCUUGAGCUUUUCUAGCUUCUGAAAUUGUAUUCUACUAUUCUGUAAUUCCCUCCCUAGUUAGUCAUAGUUUUGUUACAUUUCACCAAUGAACUGAGUUGGGCAUUCUUCAGGACUUCAGAGGUUUAUUAAUUCAUUGUAAAUUGCCUACCAAGUACUUUGUGACAACGGCUCUGUUUGGCACGCCUAGUUGAAAGAUGAAAAAUUAGUAGUUAAUAAGCUCUAACUAGUUGAAA